AUGGACUCUCCAAAAACAACUGCAAGUUCAACAGUCGCAUGUCUCAAUUGCCGGGACAAACAUCUCAAAUGUGACGGCAACCCGGAAGGCUGUGAUCGAUGCCGUGUUCUAUCUCUCUUUUGCCACUUUGUGCCAUCACGUCGUGGGCGCCGAGGACAACCAAGUCAACUUGCUGGUCUCGAUAGCUGUCCAAUUCCAGUGGUCGAUGAAUCUCCAUUCUUUGACAGUUCCUCGUUGCCGCUUGAGAUCUCGGGCGUCCUCUCUCCUGAGUACAUCCCAGGGCCUCCACAGAGGCCCUUCCGCCUACGCAUUCAUCUGAUCAAGGCAUUCUAUGAAUACUUUCACUCUGCACACCCGAUUUUUCCACCCUAUGACCUCUGGAUUUCAUCUUCUCCGCCGCAGUAUCUCGUGGACAUCGUUGAGCUCAUUGGAUUACAUCAUGCCUCGCCGGGUCAGGUCACAGAAUUCCCGAACGAUAUUUGGAUCGCCACUGGGCAAGCCGAAUUAGCCCUAGAGAAAGUACAGUCCUAUCUCUUCCUGUGCAUCCUCUUUCAUGGUCGAAAUGUCCCCGAUCUAGCGAAGAAGUGCAUCGGUCUCGCCAUCGAAUGUAGUUUCGGGCUCGGGCUUCAUUUCAAAGAAGUUUCCGAUGCCGUGGAAAUACAAAACCCGGCUCGCGCUGAAAGCAUGCGGCGGACACUGUGGGAGGUCUUUGUCGUUGACACCCUGCUUGCGACCAUGCAGGUCGGCGGCACCUUGCAAUUCAACAUGGAGACGCCUGAUGUGCCUUUGCCAUCUAGGGAUGAGAGCUUCACGGACGGUCAUUCCGGGCUCUCGCAGAUAUCAGCAAAAGAUCUAGACUUCAGCGAACUCUUUGACGAUGGUUGCAUGUCACCACUGGCCUACCGUGUUGAAGCUACACUUCUUCUCCGGCAAUGUCUCUUCGCAUGUGAGAAUCACGCUGGUGAAGAUGAUAUGGAGAGGUUAGAUACACGAAUCUCAGCUUGGUUUCACCGAUGGCCCAACGUGAACGGCAGCAUUCUACAAAUGAAUGGAAAGGUCGACCAGAUCGAUUUCCAAUCUGCAAUGAUCAUGCAAUGUGCUUCUAUCCACCUUCAUUUCCCGAGGUCUCUCCUCGUCCUCUUGCUUCCAACCACCGGCGAGAUUUUCUGUUCCAGACCUCCGCCCAUCUCAUCUCCCUCGUCCAAUACACAAACCCACACCGCUAAGAUUGUCAAUGCAGCUUCUGAGCUGUCCAAGCUGGCCUCCCUUUCUACCUCCGUGAGGGGACAUACCCCUUUUUUUGCCUGUUCUCUCGUUCUCAGCUCAAUAGUGCAGGUGGCUGCCUUGGCUGUGCCAACAGGGCAACCAAUUGCCAAGCAACGGUCAUUUGUGGCGUUGAAUCUGGGCGUUCUUAAAUCGAUGAGUCAGGUCUGGAACAUUGCGUCUAUUUCUUUUGCAAAACUGCGUGCCAUCGUUCGCGAGGUUCGAGCAGCUUCCACCGAAGCAGGCGGACAAAUAGUUGAUUCUACUAUCUCUCCCCUUCUUACCAUGUCAUGA